AUGGGCCGUACGGUAGAUCAGACUGUGCACUCCUCGUUCGUCGAGUUCAGAGCCAAGAACACGUCGCGACAGAAGCAGCAUCUCCUCGAAUGUCCCGGAUUACGCGGACAUCCCGACGCGCAGCUUUCGCAACCCGCGCAAGUCCCCAACGGUAUCGGCGGUCCGAAUGGAUACCCCGGAACUCCCAAUGGACCUACCGGCGCGCCAGGAGCGACUGGCGCUGGUACAAUCGGCACUCCGAACGGUACUCUGAUGACCAACGGCGUCAACCCCCACGCGACUCCGUUACAGGCCCCGUUGCAAGCGCUGCAGAACCGCGCUAUGGCUACACCUGUUCCUCCCACUGGUCCUCCCUCCGCACCACCCAGCGCUGCGCCGUCGCGUCCAACUCCCAAGCCCAAGUCCAAGAACUCGACCUCGAGUCUGCCGGCGCCCCCGCUGGACGAUGUACACGCAGCUUUUGUUGAGUUCAGAGCUAAGGAAGAAGACAAGUGCCUCUCGGUCCAGUGUAUCUAUUGUCAAUCUGUCCGCGCCAAGAACACCUCGCGACAGCGUCAACACCUUCUUGAGUGCCCGACAUACCUCAGCGUGAUGAAGGACUCCAUUCCCGCCAACAAUCUGUUGCACACAUUCCCGGAGGGUGAUGUGGCGCGCUCAUUGCAAAUUCCCGCGCCGACGCUGGAGCUGGACUUCCGCAUGAGCAUUAAGAUGAACCCGAAGGUCACCGUCGGAACCGGCAUAUGGGGUCAUCGCGACUGGGUCUCGUUCCUCGGCGGCCAGUGGGCUGGACGAUGGGGAAAGGGUAUCGUUUUGCCCGGUGGUCAAGAUACGCAAAUCGUGACCAAGGACUCGACCACCAACCUUCAGGCCAGCUACAUACUCCAGACCGUUGACGAGCCACCCGCGUUCAUCAUUGUUCGCUCAGAAGGCUGGUUGACAGGCGCCAAAGACGUCCUGGAGAAGGUCAUUGAUUCCAACAUGGCCGACGGCGUCAACCCCGGCAGCUACAAGUACCGAGUCAACCUUCGAAUGGAGACCGGCGACGAGCGUUACACUUUCCUCAACACCUUGAUGUGGAUUGGCAGCGGGUGCCGCCGAGGACAUGAAGUCAUUUUCGACUCGUUCCGCGUGAAUUAG